AUGGCCCUGGAAAGAUUCCUCCUGCUGCUCCCCCUACUGACAAUAUUAAUAGUGAACAUAGUCUCAUCAGAAACCCCAGCAGAGAGGUUUGAGCGGCAACAUGUGGACUCAGGCCACCGAGACCUCAAUGAUAAUAAGGUCUACUGCAACCUGAUGAUGAGAAACAGGGGUAUGACAAAGGGCAGUUGCAAGCAAUUCAAUACCUUCAUAUUGGAGUCCAUCUGGAAGAUCCGGGCUAUCUGUUGGAAUACAAAGGCCCCGUGCAAGACUGAAAACUCUAACUGCCAUAGGAGCAGAAAACUCAUGCAAGUUAUUGAGUGUCGACUAAAAGGCAAUUCUAAGUUUCCCCACUGCAAGUAUCAGACUAUGAAGACCAAGAAACAUAUCAUUGUGGCAUGCCAUGGGUGGCCCCCUUUGCCUGUGCACCUUGAUUACUCAAAGAGAGAUAGAGGCCAGGAACAGUAG